AUGUUCGGUAUCAUUGCGGACCUUUUGUCCUCAAUCAUCACGAUCCUGCUUCCUAUAUUUGCUUCCUUCAAAGCCCUCCGGACUGGCGACCCUUCCCAGCUGGCACCAUGGCUCAUGUAUUGGGUCGUUCUGUCGGCCGUGCUGAUGGCGGAGUCGUGGACGAUCUUCAUUCUGGGAUGGUUCCCGUUCUAUAGCUGGAUCCGACUCUUCUUCUUCUCCUAUCUUGUUCUCCCCCAAACGCAGGGAGCUCGGAGUCUAUACCAGGAAUAUGUCGACCCCUUCCUUGAGCACCAUGAGCGUGAAAUCGAGGAAUUCAUUGGCCGCAGCCAUGAGCGUGCCAAGGCUCUAGGACUUCAGUAUUUCUAUCAAGCCCUAGACUACGUCCGGGAAAAUAUUCUGGGCUUGCCGGCCCAACGUCCCGCAUCUCCUCCACCCCCGACUGGCCCGGCUGCCUAUGCGCAGUCGCUCUUGUCCCGGUUCAAUAUUCCCACUGCCGCUGGAGGCUCUGCCCCAGCCACAGGCAACGACUGGCUCUCUGCCAUCGGCUCCGCGGUCGCUUCAGUUGCAUCUGGCAAGAGUGCUGAAGCACGCGGGGAGGAGCUGUCUGCUAGCGGAACACUACUGCCACGGGAGGUCGCGUCCAUGUCCCGUGCGGAUAAGGCCAAGUAUAUAUCGAGCCAAAGAGACAUGUUGGAAGUGCUGCGUAGCGCUCUGGCCAAGGAGGAGCGCGACCUGCACAGUGCAGGCGCAGAGGUGGAUGACCUGGCGUACGGUGGUGCACCGCUGCGAAAGAACCGCAGCGAGAACUCUUUUACUCAUGUGGAGCAUGAGGAUACUCAGGAACGCUCGUCCGAUGCGCAUGGCCGCACAAGCAGCGGCAACUGGGCCUCUGGUUGGUUUGCAGGUGGGGAGCAAGCUGGAUCCUCGGGUGUAGACCAUGGGAACGAGGGCGCAAGAAGUCGGGCUCACUGA